CCGGAGAGAAACUGAAUUGCUUUUCUGCUCACACGCGGUCUCUGGUACUCGUACGUCGUAAACGUAGAUUGAUAGAUGUAAUAUGUAGCACACAUGCAAGACCUUUUUUUUCAAUACUCACUCUGCUUAAGCUUAUAGUUUCGAAAUUAUCUUCUAGUGCGAGCCAUCAUCGGGCAUUUGCGCACGUGCAAAUUUCCUUGUUCCUCUUGUUCCCAGCAUUUGUUUAUUCCCUUGUUGAUUUUCUGUUAUCAGCUACAAGUUAGUACAACUACCUGUCCGAGGAAAACAAGCAUAUCGAUAUCGUCCGUGGCAGUACAGAACUAGCCCACUUCGAGCUCGAUUGCGUUUGCUAUGGUGCAUUCAUCUUCUUGAAGACGAGAUGUACAUCAGCUUGUACGCCAGCACCAUCUCGUUUGGAACUGGUAGCGAUCCUCCGCAGUACGACAACGAGCCGCUUUCUUUCCGUCCUCUAUGUCGGGUGCCGGGGCGCAUAUCUUGCGCUGUCUACGUUCCGGCUUAGACUUGCAGACUAAACACUCGAAGUCUACCCUCGCCCCUUCUACCACCCCCCGGCGCAACGUUAACGGACGUGGCACGAGCAAGGGUGCAGUAGCAGUAUCAACGUCCGCUGCCAGCAGCUCGAGCUCUUCUAUAUGCAUCGCAAAAUUGUCGUAAAUGGAAACUGUGAAGUGCUGCAUCAGAAGUUGAAGUUUUGAUCGGGAAAUAAAACUGAAGUUUGUCACGCGCGUUAGGGCACAGACAAAGAUAGAAUCAAUAUCGGAACAGCAAAUCUGUGACGCAAGUAGACCGCAAUCUGCACUACACAACAGACCACGUACGAAAUCACGUUUGCACAGGAUAUUCUACUGCGUCGGCUCAUUCAGCAGGCAGCAGUCCGGCUGAACGGGACGAGGAGUUGUGGCGCCAGGAGGAGGAGGCAAUUCCGAUUACAGCAACGAAGCACCAUACCCCGUUCGUCCAUUCUGCUGGCGCUGGGGCAAGUUCCGACGGCGCGGAAAUCGCCGUAAGAAACGAACACCGAGCCUCUAAGAAACAGGAUUUCCACGACCCCCCAGCUGGAAGAAGUAGAUCGUAUAGGUAUCAUCAAGGUAGUACGACCAGGCUGGCGAAGACUACAACGGCGCGUGGGAAGAUGUCGAAGACAAUGCGAAGCCGGCUAGAAGUAAGUCAGUCGCUUUUGCACCGGUUUCCAAAAAUCGAGAGCUUCCUCAUCGUUCUCGGGAGCUUUACAACCUCCAUUAUGCUGAUCAACUCCACGAAGGCGAUCUACGUGUUUGCCGACUUCCGCUAUCCUUUUUUCGUCACCGCGAUACACUCCGUUUUCAGCUACCUGCUCGCUCUUCUGCUCACGCAUGAUUUUUCAAAGUCCUCGAAUAACAGUUACCAGCAAGUGCAACAGGUAGAAGAUGACAGCGACUUGCAAGCAAUGGCUGCAGGAAGCGAGGGUGGAGACACACGACUUAGGGAUCGAGAAAUUAUACCCAACGCAAAAGCGGGCGGCCCGUGGAUGAGGAAAACGCACGACCUGGAUCUCUCUGAACAGGUUGAUUUUUCAUUAUCGCACGAUUUUCCGCGGCCGCAUACUUUAUCUAUGUUGCUAAACCAUUGACUCAGUCAAAGCCGAAAGAACAAUCACGAUAGAGUUGAUAUAGAAAAAAAAAGGCCCUCCGAUGCUGAAGCAGAAUCUCGUGCUGGUCUUGAACUUGAUUCAGUGUAGGUACAAUGGAAAGGAAGUCUGAUAUACACAGCAGCAGACACACCGGACCUGACAAAAAUCAAUGAUUCUGCAAAAAAAAACAUAGCUCAUGCUCAAACUCAAAGAAGCUUGCUACUCGGUCGCAGGAGAUUUUAUCGAUUUGAGCAUUGACAUAUUAUACCAAAAAAAUCAGGUGCAGAAGAUUUUGCCCUUCAGCGUUUUCGGAGCCCUGUCGAUCGGUUGUGGGAACCUAGCAUUGCUGUUCUUGUAUCCCAUAUCGUAAGAAAAAACUGUUUCACUGUGAUGAUUUUGCAAGAUCUGCAUAUACAAGUUUGUUACGCAUGACACUGAAAAUUUGUCAUGCGCGCAUUUCCCAUAGGGGAAAACACGGCUGAAACUCCAAUGUUCUAUGCAGGUGUAGCAAGACAAGUAGUUCUGUGCUCAAUUUUCUGCAUCAUAAGUUCACAGUGAAACAGUUUUUCCUUGCGAUAUCCCAGUUUCCACGAGAUGAUCCAGAACACAACACCGUUCUGGACGCUCGUUGUUAUGGUGGUGGUUGGAAACACCAGGUACAACAUAUUACCAUGAAAAAUGCCCCCACCCCCGAACGUGGGAGCAUUUGUAAUUGUAUUGCAAACCCUCCCAAAUAAUGAAACACUCGCCCUCUUGCAUCUAUCAGCAUCACAGGUUUCCAAUUGUGAAUAGCAAAAAUUUGUAUUGCAAAAGACACCAGGAAGUGCGGCGCUUAUCAUGCAAGCGAUGCGGUGCACGCCUAGCCAUAGCCUCUGCAUCAGAAAGAUUCAUACUCCUUUCAUGCAUGACAAAAAGUUUUCAUUUGGAAACUUCGCAUCGCAAAUUUUUGCAAUUUCAGGGGUGGGGGGGCACUUUUCACUGUAAUACAACAAGUGGAGCUACGUUGCUAUGGUUUUCGUCUGCGGAGGAGGCAUUGUCUGCGGACUUGGCGAGGUCAACUUUCAUCUGCUCGGUACUUCUUCUAAGACUUUCAUUUUUCCGAGUAACAAACUAAUGUAUCAGGAGGUAAAACAAGAACGACCCACCGCCUUGCUAAAAGUGAGGGAGUGGUGGUAAGUGGCUUCAUAGUUUUUAUGACCUCAUUGUCAUUCCUAGUCCGUUGUGCUCCUGUUCGUGCUGCUGCAGUACUCCUGAUAGGUGCCGGCGGCGAGAACUGUUGUUCGACUUCGACGCUACGGUUGUUACUAGUUCACGUAGUUUCUUCUUCCCCGCCUGCUCCUGACAAAGGGGAAGGCAAAAAUGAACCAAUGUGAUCUCGUCCGUCCAGGUAUUCUGAUCAGUGUAGGGUCUGCAGUGUUUCGCGCGGUGCGGGUGCUCGUGCAGUCGCGCGUGCUUUGCGACCUGGAUGAGCCCAUGAGUUCCGUCACGUUGUUGCUGUACGCCUCCCCGUGGAACGUCAUGUUCUACAUUUGCGCCGGCAUAAUUUCGGAAGGCGCCACCCCCUACGCCAGGUUCGUGUCCGCGUCGCUCCCCGCUCAAUAUCAAAUGCAAUGCAAAAAUGUCUGGGUCUGGAAGAAUGCGCGACUUGUCAUGCUGCUUUUCCAUGACCCAUGAGGUCUGGAAUGCAGGACCUAGCAUGACAGAUUCUGCGAGACCUUUCUAAUGCCUAUCCUGCAUGAGAAACUACCUCCCGACUUGGUCCAAACUGGACGACUUGUGGUAAUCAUGCAACACAGAUUUUUCCAUGCUGCAGAUUUAGCAUGACAAGUUGCAAUCUUCCAGACCCAGACAUUUUUACAUUUGAUACUCAAACCUACUUCGCCAUUUGUGUCUCCGGGAUCAUCGCCGCGCUGUUCAACUUCUUCGCAUUCCUCAUGGUUGCGCGCCUCGGGCCGUUGAUGAGCAUAUGGAUUGCAAAAAUGUCUGGGUCUGGAAGAUUAGAACUUGUCAUGCUAAAUCUGAAUGAUGCAAAAAUCUGUGUUGCGUGAGUUCCAAAAGCUGUCCGCUUUUGACCAAGUUGAAGGGGAUUUUGUCAUGCAGGAAAGGCAUGAUAGAGACCUCAAAGAAUCUGUCAUGCUGGGUUUCGCAUUCCAGACCUCAUGGGUCAUGGAAAACCUGCAUCACAAAUCUUGCAUUCUUCCAGACCCAGACAUUUUUGCAAUCCAUAGAGCAUGGCGAUUGGCAAUUUGAAGAACGUUGCCAUCAUCAUCACCUCAGUGCUUAUCUUCGGCAACACCUGCACCAUUCUGCAGGUCUUCGGUUUUCUCACCAUCUGCUUCGGUGUCUUCCUGAACGGGCAGUGGGGAAAAGAAAUGAGGGGGCACGCCGCCGACAAAGAAGACGCAAAAAGAACUACUACUCCGCCAGAUGAAGACCUGGAAUCCGGGGCGAGGCCGCGUGGAAAUAUAGGAUUUCAAAGUCGCACGGCGCUGGCGCCUUCCGGCUCCUCUACAACUUCCGCCGCACGUGUAGGCGGUGCGAUCAAUAUCGACGAGAUGAACAGCACCUCCCUACGUGACAUCCACGAUGAGCACUCAGCUCUUGAAACUACUGGUAGCUCGGCCUCGACGAGUCACUCCAAACACUCAACAAGCAGCAGCAACGGGAGUACCUCCGUCUCUAGAAGCGGGAACGCGAUCUACUACACGAACCAGACAUACAGUGCCGACGCGAGGACAGACGCAAAAAUGCAGUCGUCCAGUACGCAAGAUCUGCUGCACAUCCCCGCACCAGAUCCCGCUCCAAAUUUUGUCGGCAAAGCUGCUGGAGGAGGCCAUUCUCAUUACCUUCCCACUGCAGUAAAAGUAGAGCGAGAGGGCGACGCAACUUCUUCACCACCGCUCGGGGGUAUAAUAACGACGCAAGAAAGUCACAGUGCGUCAGUGGACCUGCUAUCUUAG